GGUUGAUGUUCGAUUUUCUUAUUACGAUUGUAUAAAAAGAGAAGUAAACAAUCAAUUUUGCAACAAAAAGUGUGGUAAUGAAAAAUAGGAAACACAUGUGUAAUCAUUUGCAGAGAUACUAAAAGAAGGCCAAACAUAAAACAUAAUUGUGUGAAAGUUAAUUGAAAGCUAAAUAUAUAAAUAACUAAAUAUUAAACAUAUGAGUUAAUCAAAUCUACAAAGUAUUUGUUAGCAUUAUCAAUAUCGGCACAACGGUAGAGCAGAAAAGAGAAAGUAAUUGGAUGUUUAAUUGAAAAUUAGGUUGACGUUGAUGCCUUUCGGUGCGCUGGAAUUGUGUAAAAGAAGUAAAGCAGUAACACCGCAAGGGAGUUGAAUGACACAGCGCUGUCCACUGCGAUUUGUAUACAGUGGAUAGCAUUUUGUUUUGUUGGCGCAUACGCAGAUCUACACAUAGGCGCUAUCUGGUUCUGUGUUUUGUUGCGGUUAAAAACAAACAGUUGCCAGAAGCAGCAUAGAAGCACAACAUGGAAUAUUUACAGGACUUGGCAAAAAAUCUGCUGGAUUUUCUUUCCACCUACAUUGACUUGGACUACUCGCUAUGGCUUUACCGGCUGCUUUGGCCGCUAAUUGUAACAUUCCUGCUUCCGAUGGUCUUCGUGGCACUAAUUUACAUAUCAUUUGUGAUGUUAUUCAUUUACAAAUUGCACAGAGAGGUGAUAAUGCGUGCCGUACGCACCGAUCGCAAAUUCUGGGAAUUCGGUCGGAAAUUGGUCGCCGCAUUGUGGGAUGCACAUGCGCGCAUUUAUCACGGCUACGAAGUAAUAGGCAUGGAGAAUAUACCAGAGACUGGACCAGCACUGAUUGUCUACUAUCAUGGCGCUAUACCCAUUGAUAUGUAUUACCUGAAUUCACGCAUAAUAUUGCAAAAGGAUCGGCUGAUAUACACGAUUGGCGAUCGUUUCCUAUUCAAAUUGCCCGGUUGGGGCACCAUAUCCGAGGCAUUCCAUAUAAGUCCCGGCACGGUGCAAUCGUGUGUUGGCAUACUGAAGGAGGGCAAUAUGCUGGCCAUAUCGCCGGGGGGCGUUUACGAGGCACAAUUCGGCGAUCACUAUUACGAGCUGUUGUGGCGCAAUCGUCUCGGUUUUGCGAAGGUCGCAUUGGAAGCUAAGGUGCCGAUUAUACCUUGUUUUACACAAAAUUUACGUGAAGGUUUUCGUCAAUUGGGUAUUUUUCGCAAUUUCUUCAUGAAACUCUAUAAUGCGGUGCGCAUACCAGUCUAUCCGAUCUAUGGUGGAUUUCCGGUGAAGUUUCGCACAUUUGUCGGUCGGCCGUUGGAGUAUGAUGGCACGCUUACGCCGGAGGAAUUGCAAUUGAAGGUGGCUGCCGCUUUGGAGGAGUUGAUAAACAAGAACCAACGCAUACCCGGCAGCAUAUUUCACGCGCUGCUCGAUCGCUUUCCGCCAUUUCGUAGUAAAACAAAAAUGUAAAAACGAAAUUUUGCUUCAUUUAAUUAUUUAUGUGCUUAGUGUAAAGGUGUGUUCCCGUAUCAGCAAUUGUUUACACCGAUUGCAGCAAAUAUCCAUAGUAUACUCUCUAGUGUUAUUUAAGUUUUUCUUUCAUUUCUUUUGAGGGGAGGGAAACGCAAAGACUAUCCGCUAUCUAUAGAAGUAAUUUUAUUGCGCGUAUUUUUGGCAACUUUGAGGAGAAAAAAUAAAAUUAAAAGUAAAAAUGUAAACAAAGUAUACAAUAGAUAAUUAUAAGUAAUAGAAGAACAGUCGUAUGAAACGUCAAACUGCAUCUAAAAAUAUUAUUAUUUAUGACAUAAUAGUGUAUCACUAAUCCAUCUACAGGCACGCUAAUUAAAGUUCAGCUUUCCAUGUUUCCAUAAAUAGCCCUAAGUGUACUUAAUAAAGCAGAACAAUUUUCUAUUAAUUUAUUAUCUAUAAACUCUAGUUAAUUUUAGCUUAACCAGGGGGUUUAGGGGAUUUCUAUUAAUACAUAUUUGCACCUCGGUGCUUACAGUGAAAUUAACAGGCGCCAGAAUAGGGUACGCAUAUUUUUUAAAUAAGUUAUACUUUAUGUAAACAUGUAAAAAAAUUUUUAAACAAAUAUAUCAAAGAAAAACAAUUCAAUUGUAGUUUAAGAGUGUGUACACAUAAAUGUUUACUUAUUUUACUUACAUUCGUACAUACAUACAUACAUAUAUGUAUUAAUUCAGCGGUAUUGACAUUGUUGCCUCAGUAAAUGCUUAGUGUGACGUAAAUAAGAAAUUAAAAUAAAUAAUCUUAAUUUAUUGUGUAUUAUAUGGCGUGUGGAAAUUAAAAGUAUUU